AUGACUACAGUGACACACAUCUCCUCUGAGAACAAGCGGAAGUACAACCGCACAUAUGAAGCUAAAUUCACUCCUGAGCAGAAAGAGAGGCGGCGUGCUGCUCAAGCAGCUUGCAAACGAAAAUUGCGGGCAGCUAGAAAGAUUCAAGCACAUUCACAAAAUAUUGACAGUGCUCCCCCCCCAAAUGAUCCCCCUACACCAGAACUACCACCAUCAGGCCACCACUUCCAGCUGGAUGCAUUACAAAUGCGAGGUACUCAAGUUCCAGAGGAUGCUGAACUGAUCACCUGGUCAGAUGGAAACGUUACUAUACUACCUACUGUAAUGCGAGAAGGACGCAAUGUGUUGGCUGAUGAUGCAGAGCUCACCAAGAAGUUGGCUGAGGUUCCAACAUCAAAACCAGGAUCUCAAUUUGUUGCACACUUCAAUUUCAAGGACACAUCCAGGGACGACCUGAUUACAGGAAUUCGGGCUAGUCUUGGAGAGGGAAAAUGUGUUGUCAUUAGGGGGAUAGCAAAGCCUGGGCCUCCUGAGUUGAGUGUGGAGUAUCUGGAGAAAAGGUAUCGCAUCCAGUCCACAAUGCGUGUGGACAUGCAUGAUAUGGAGCUUCGUGCAAAAGAACCCAGCAAACCCCAUGUUACUGGGACUGUGGGAGAUUUAAUUGCUGGUAUAUUCAAUCCAAAUGAACAGCGGUGUAUCUUGGACUGUCUAAUACAUACUGGUUUACCUGAGGAGUUAAGUGUGCUGGAUGAUGGCCUCAUGGCUUGGCAUCGAUCUAUCCGAGAUUGUCCUUUGGAAGGAAAGUUUGUUCAUCCAGACAACUUUCUUGUGAAUGGUUGGGGGUUAAUUCACCAAGGAGGUGUGGUAACUACACCACACCAUGACUCAGAGGGGCAAAACACUUUUGUCAUUGGAGAUAUUGGUUUGAAAUUUUGGGUUUGGUUUUUUUAUAAGGGUCCCAAGGAUCGCCAGGCUUUACUUCAUGCAUCAACAUCUCUUUGUGACGAAUAUGACUUCAGUCAAUUUGCUACAGAGAGUAUCACAGUACACCCAGGAGAUCUAAUAAUCCAACCACCUGGUCAACUACAUUCUGUUUAUACACCAAUUCCCAGUUUCACACGUGGAGGCCACUUUUAUGCCUAUGAUACCCUUUCAUUUACUGAACUGUCUCGAUGGCUGGAUCGCCAGGCAGGCUUGCUUCUCACCAACCAGGUUCAUGAACAUACUGAAGAAACUCUAUGGCGGAUGACUGCUAUCAUUCCACGGUUGCCACCAAGUGAAGUACCUCACAGAAAACCUUUAUUGGCUCUGUGCCAUAUGGUUUUGUCUGCUGCACAAUAUGUUGCACAAGGCACCAGAUCAACCAUUCUCAAGAGAAAUGCUCCAAAAGUUAUCCAAUCCUCCAGCAAGGAUAGAGCCAAUGCAAUCGUGCAGAAGAUCCUUCAUCACAUGAAUAUUGCUGCAAUGGACUUGCCUGAAAUCCUGCAAAACACUGCCAGUGAGGACCCAGAUGCAAUAAUAGAUCUAGGAAAUUGUCUUUCAGAAUUCCAGAGUAUGUGA